UCACUGGACACUUGUGCCUCCGACUGCUCACCUUAUCACGCUGGCUCCCGCUCUUCUCCUCUUCUCUCCGCCUCUUGCGUGUUGCGCGUGCGAGCCUCCGUCUGCGCUUCUGCCUGUCGCCCGCUUUAGCGGCUAGUUCUGCCCACAAAACCCUCCAUUUGCUGCUUAUUUGCUGCUUCUUUGCUUCUUUUGUUUCUUCUGCUUAGACUCUUACUCUCAAAAAACCCAUAGUGUCUGGUCACUUAUCACGCUUCUUGUGCGACUGACAAACGCUCUCCACCAUGCCUCCCGCUGACUACUGGGACGAGGAGGACGAGUGGUAUUCAGACCGCUGGACCAGCGGUGCCCGCCAUGUCCGCCCACCACCACGCCGACCAGCCAUCCCCGACCCUCGCCGCAGCGAGCGCACUUUUCUGACACCCGAGACGAGCGGCUUCACCUCCGGCCUGCACCGCAGCCGCUCACAGGGCCAUGCACCGACUCCCAAUGUCACCAUUUACAACACGACCACUCUCGACAAUGAUAGCAACCCGAACAUGCGCUCUGAGCAAAAGAGCCCCAUGCCAAGCCCCCGUCCAAGCCCCCGCGCCGGUCGCCCUCUCCGUGUUGAAGAUCAGUGGGCGCUGGAAGAGGAGAUGGCCGAGCUUCGUCUAGAAGUGGCACGAGGGCGGGGACGCUCCCGUGGCCGUGAUCGGGAGUACGACCACCAUGACCACCACUCACCAUCCCAUUCCCAUUCGCAAUCGCGAGGCCGCCAUAGUGAGGAGGAGCACUGGCAACUUCAGCUUGCCCAGGAGCGGCUGAAGGAGGCCGAGGAGCGGCUACAGCAGGAAAAGCGCGAGGAGAUUAUCAAGAAGAAGAUGGAGCUGAAAUAUAUGAGAGACAAGGCUGAGCGCGAUGAGGAAGAGGCUCGUAUCAAGGCAGAAGAGAGCCGCCUCAAGAAGGACUGGGAGUUGAAACAGGAGAGGGAGGAGAGGAAGAGGGAGCAGCAAGCGAGAGACCUCAAGGCGGAAGAGGAGCGUCUCAAGAAGGAUUGGGAGCUGAAGCAGGAGAGAGAGGAGAGGAAGAGGGAACAGCGAGCGAAAGACCAAGAAGAAGAGCGGAAACGCAUUAUUGCUGAAAAUACUCGAAAGAUAGAGCAACAAGAGAAGGAGGCCAAAGAGCAAAAACAGCGUACUCUCGAUGCCUACAACAAGAAGAAGGCCGAGGAGGAGGCUGAAGCGAAGGCGGCUCGCGACCUCGCCAUUAUGGAGUAUGAAAGGAAGAAGUCGGAUGACGCGGCAAAGGCUAAGAAGCAGAAAGAGGAGCUUAUCUUCCAGCUUGAGAUGGAGAGGAAGAAGCAGGAAGACAAAGAGAAGGCCGAGUGGGAGGCUUUCCUUCAAAAGCAGAAGGCUAAAGAAGAGGAGGAGAAAGCUAAGAAGAAGAAGCAGGAGGAGGAACUCGAGGCUCAGAUGAGACAGCGUCUUGCUCAGUUCGGCUUUCAGGAAAACCAGAUCCAGGCCAUGAUCAAGCCCGAAAAGGCCAAGGAGCUUCAGGUCGGCCUUGCUCCCAUCAACCCAGUGCAUCUAACACAUCAACCGACGUACAUUAAGGUUCACAAGGACCACAUCGCCACUGAGACAUUGAUGUACUACGACAUUCCCUGGGAAUACGAUACCACCAACCGCGACUACAUCAUUAUCCUCCGUGAAAUGGACGCUAAUGAGACUGACAUCCUGUUCGAGCACACCCGCCGGCUACGAUCACGUGGCACCAAUCGUCUCUUGAUCGAAGAGCGCGUCACCCACGACAAGCCAGACUAUGCCUGGGUCCGCAGACGCAAGCAUACUCCGUCCCCCAAUCGCCGUCGCAGCUCUCCUAAGCGAGUUGUUGGCAUUAAGGAGAUGUUCUUCUGAAUAACGCAACGUCACGCUUACGAACUUACGGCGUCGAUGAAAGAGGAGUAUCUAUACAGUCUUCAA